AGUGCCCAUAAGUGUGUUUUAGAAGAGUUAUUUUGCUGACCAGUCCUUUACAAGCGCUUUCAUCCAAUCCCAGUCCUGCUUUGCAUAGAAUGCCACACCCUCUCUAUCGUCACUCGGGAGAUGGUGGGGCCUGUGUGAGUUUCUGGUCCUCGUCUUGGCAGGACAGGGGAAACGCUCGGAUUUUCAGAACUAAAGCAACAACUGACCGAGAGGGGUACAGUAAGGAAACGGGUUCAACCAAUUGCUGAUUCACUUCUAAAAGGUGUAAUCAUUAUCAAGUAUCCGUUUGGGUCGUAACUUGAGACAAAACAAAGUUCUAUAAUUGCUUCGCGUCAUUGUAUCCGAAACGAGAACCCGUUUUGAGGUUCGACGGAUAGAUAAGGCGACGGGGUCAGACAGACUAUUGUUUCCCUGUGUUUUCUGUCCAACUUCAGCCAUUAACAGGGUUAACAAAAAAAAGACGGAUAUAAAAAAUUUAAGAAAAACUUUAUCCAACGCCAGAGAAUAAAUGGGCUAAAACAUGAUUCCGGUGUUUCUGUUGUGACUCACUGCCUCUGGUGGGGGGGGGUCAAACUUCAUUCUCAGAGGACGGAGAACUUGUGAAAAGAGGACAGAGCACUUUGAAAAGUUGAUGCAAUUAUACUUAGCUGUGGAUAUAUUGUCUCACAUUCCUACAGCCAAAAGGACCAAGUGCACGGACAACCGGUAAAACUGGAGUGACGUGCGGUGACACCACCGAUGGCAACACACAUUGACCGUAACAGAAGAAUAGGCCUGGAGGUGAAUAUGGAGACAUUCCAGAGUGACGUCACAAAGACGGCGUGUGAAGGAAAGCAUGCCGCCCAAAACUCCUCCAAAACUCCACACCACCAGAUAACCAAUGGAAAGAGCCACCUAUCCUUUGACCACGAUGCAACAGACAGUGAUGGAGGCAAGGUUAGAGAUGGUGGUGUUAGUUUCAGCACCAACCACAACUCUGUGGUGUGCCUGCCUUUGGUCUCUGAGGGCCCGAAGCUAGUAUGGACACAGUCAAAUCAGACACGUGAGCUUGACACCAUCCAAGAGCUGAUCCAGGCAUUCAAUGUGUUCCCAUACCCAACAUCUCGUGAGGUGAAUGCCUUGGCACGGCUCUGUGCCCUGCCUCUGGACAAAGUCAAGGUCUGGUUCAUGGUGCAGAGAAUCAAAUACGGCAUCAGCUGGGCCUCAGAGGAGAUUGAGGAGACGCGUGGCAAGCUGGCCGGACCUGAGUGGACUAACGACUAUGCAAAUGAGAAAGAGGAGAUCAAGAUGAGGACGGGGUGUGGGGAGAUGUCUGUGGAAGCAGAGGACACAGGCCAAAUGAAUAAUGGUCUUAACUCUUCCCUGCUCCACCCAAGAAAACGUGCCAGACAUGAGACUCCAGAACACUGCAAACCAGCCUCCACCAUCCGACAUUUCAGUUCCUCUCUCCCACCCCCUCAGGAUUCAUACUACUACCGCCCUCCUGUAGACAUGCCAGCAACUACCGCGACAGAAGCUUCCCUGAACCUCUCUGAGACCUCACUUGGCUCUCCACGGCAACAACAACGCGGACGCUACAAAAAGACCAAAGCUCAGCUUGCAGUCCUUCGCAGCAGCUUCCUGCGUGAAAACUGGCCUGCAGAGACAGAGCUCCGAUGCCUGCAGAAUGAAACGGGCCUGAGCCGCAAUGACAUCCGCAAAUGGUUCAGCGACAGCCGGUACCAGCUUAGAAAUGGGCGCGGACUGCUUAGAACAUCCAUGGUCUACCCUCAGCUCAUCAUAGAAGCAAAGGACGAGUCUCAGCAACUCCAGUCUUUUCCACGCGUAGCUCACAGGCCUCGGGAUCAAGAAAAUGAUAUUGAAGUGCAGAGAGGGGCUCAAUGGAAGGGAGCUCGCAGCAAUGGGGUGAAAGAUUCACAUUUCUUCCAGAACUUCCUGUCAAACAGCCUGGAGACCUUUGGGGAGGGAGCAGUAGAGGCGGAGGAGGACGAGGUUGCAGAGGAAGCCUCUGUUCACACUGAGACUGUUAAGGAAGAGGAGGUGAAAAAGGAAGAUAAGCCCCUACAGUUGAUUAGGGGCAACAAAGACCCAGAGAUUAAACAACCACCAGCCCUUACCAUCUGUGCUUCUUCCUCCCCCUCUCAUUCUACCACCCCUCCCCUUUCGACUAUUGUCCCCACUAUUAAGCAUAGUUCCACUAGCACCAGCACCCUGCAGAAGUCUGCUCGCUCAGCCAAAGCCUCACUCACAGCCCUGUCUCUCUCCAGUCCUCCCUCAUCCUGGUCUACUCUUACACCUGCUGGCCGACUACGGAAGACCAAGGAACAACUGGACAUACUAAAGGAGCACUUCCUGCACUGCCAGUGGCCUAAGAGUGAGGACUACUCCCAGCUGGUAGAACUCACAGGCUUGCCCCGUGCAGACAUCAUCCAGUGGUUUGGGGAUACGCGCUAUGCUGUUAAAAAUGGGCAGCUACGCUGGGUGCAGGGGGUCCGUGAGCAAUUUCUGUCUGAACUAGCCACACAGCAAAAUGGCAGUGGAGUCACCGGUGGAAACGGUUCCAGUGGGAUCCCUCGGGUUAUGGGUAGCCGCAAACGUAAGUCUCAAGCGAAUGGCGCCACAGCAACAUCCACUGCCGAUUUCCCGGACAUCAAGCCGCUGGGGGUUUACCAUCGCUUGACUGGGGUUCUUCAUGAGAAAGACCUUGAUGCCCUUUGCAAAAAGUCACGAAUGAGCUACCAGCAGGUGCGAGACUGGUUUGCAUCUCAGGAGAGCAAGAAAAUUGACCCAGAAACCAAUGUUACUGAUUGAGAUGAGGAACUUGUGGGUGGAUAAGGGUUGGAAAUCAGCACUCUCUCUUUUUACAGAGGACAAGACUGAUCAUCUCUACACAGAACAAUGACGCUCCUUAGUUACAAAAACGUUUCAUAUUGAAUUUACUUUGCUCUAAUGUGAGCAGGUGUGACUCUUAAAUGCUUACGGUCUUUGUAGUAUAAGCACAGAUCUGGUGACUGUGCUUGAAUUAUUGCUGCAUUCAGUGUUUUGUUUUCUCAUAAGCUUGGUCUUGAAGUCCUGCUUGUGC